GUCGAUCAAGAAAUUAAUUAAGAAACCAUGUCUUAUAUUGCUAUUAUAGAGUCCAUUAGGACCAUCCUCAAUGCAGCUUUUCAGCAAUUCAUCCAUAAGGACUUUCAUGAAGUUGUAACAAGGAUGACUCUCCUUGACAAGCUUCUCUUUCUAAUGGUUCACACCAUUGAUAAGUGGGUUAUGUGGUAUCGCCUACCUGUGUUCUUGGGAUUGCUUUACCUUGCGACCCGUCGCCAUCUUCAUCAGCAAUACAACUUGAUUAACGUUGGAACAACUCCGGUCGGUGUUCGAUUCAACCCCGCAGAUUAUCCUUACCGGACAGCUGACGGAAAAUAUAACGAUCCAUUCAAUGAAGGUGCCGGCAGCCAAGGAACUUUCUUCGGCAGAAAUAUUCUUCCUGCUGUUGAUGGAACAGCACAGCUCAUGAAGCCGGAUCCAACUGUGGUUGCCACAAAGCUUUUGGCACGUAGGAAAUUUAUUGACACAGGAAAGCAAUUCAACGUGAUAGCAGCCUCUUGGAUACAAUUUAUGAUACAUGAUUGGAUUGAUCACUUGGAGGAAACUAAGCAGGUUGUGCUUGAUGCACAUAUAGAUGUUGCAAAUCAGUGCCCUCUCAAAACUUCCAAAUUUUACAAGACAAAGGAGGUUUCCACAGGUUUUUAUGAGAUCAAGAAUGGUCACAAGAACACUCGAACACCUUGGUGGGAUGGAAGUGUUAUAUAUGGUAACGAUGCGGAAAGGUUGGAGAAGGUGAGGACUUUCGUAGAUGGAAAGCUCAAGAUAAAUUUGGAUGAUGGUCUUCUUCUCCGUGACGAAAAUGGGGCUGCUGUGUCUGGGGAUGUUCGUAACAGUUGGGCUGGUGUUUCCACAUUACAGGCCCUCUUCAUCAAGGAACAUAAUGCAGUCUGUGAUGCCCUCAAGGAAGAAAAUCCUCAAUUGGUCGAUGAAGAUUUGUACCGCUAUGCAAGGCUGGUGACUUCUGCUGUGAUUGCAAAAAUUCACACCAUUGAUUGGACGGUAGAACUUCUCAAAACGGACACGUUACUUGCAGGAAUGCGUGCUAAUUGGUAUGGAUUGUUGGGAAAGACAUUCAAGGAUUUAUUUGGACAUGUUGGUGGAUCCAUUCUUGGAGGGUACGUGGGCAUGAAGAGGCCUGAGAAUCAUGGGGUUCCAUAUUCAUUGACUGAGGAAUUUGUCGGUGUUUAUAGGAUGCACUCACUCCUACCUGAUCACCUCCUCCUUAAGGACAUCACAAAAGAACCAGGACCCAACAAAUCUCCACCAUUGAAUAAAGAGGUUCCUAUGGAAGACCUGGUUGGUCUUAAGGGUGAGCAGACCUUAUCGGGAAUUGGAUUCGAAGCCCAAAUGGUUUCAAUGGGCCACCAAGCUAGUGGGGCCCUUGUACUAUUUAAUUAUCCACAGUUUCUUAGAAACCUUGUGCCCCAAAAUGUAGAUGGGACAGAUAGACCUGAUCCCAUUGACCUGGCAGCCCUUGAAGUUUAUAGGGACAGGGAGAGGAAAGUUCGUAGAUACAAUGACUUCCGUAGGGCCCUCCUGUUGAUACCUAUAUCUAAGUGGGAAGAUCUGACGGAUGAUGAAGAAGCUAUCAAUGCAAUUCGUGAAGUGUACGGUGAUGAUGUGGAGGCGCUCGAUCUCAUUGUGGGCCUCAUGGCAGAGAAGAAGAGCCCUGGGUUCGCCAUCAGUGAGACAGCUUUUGUCAUAUUCCUUCUUAUGGCAUCAAGGAGGCUAGAAGCAGAUAGGUUCUUCACAAGUAAUUUCAAUGAGGAGACAUAUACAAAGAAGGGACUGAAAUGGGUGAAUACCACCGAGAGCCUGAAAGAUGUGAUAGACCGCCAUUAUCCAGAGAUGACAAACAAAUGGAUGAACUCCGCAAGCGCCUUCUCGGUGUGGGACUCGCCUCCUGAUUCUGUCAAACCAAGUCCACUCUAUCUUCGUGGUGCUCCUAAUUAAAGUACAACAUUCACGUCUACAUAUAGUUAUAUAAGUACUCCCUAAAUAAGUUUAAUUAUCAUGCAAUCAUAUCAUAUUGCACUGCUCUUUAAAUAUAUAUAUAUAUGUUAUAUUGCAUCUCUCUUUUAAAAUAAAAAAUAAAAAUAAAAAUAAUGCAUCAUAUUGCAUUUUUCAUCCGUUAGUAUGAAAAACUAUUUGUAAUGGAAUAAACUAUUGCAUUUUUAUCUAUUUGUAUUGAAAAACUAUUUGUAUGUGUUAUGCAGUUAUACUAUGUUUGAUAAAUUUUCUU